UGUUUAGGAUAUCGUCUCAACUAUUUAGCUGAGGCGACAAUGCCGCACUAUCUGCCGUGGCAAGAAGAGGCUGAAAUUCGUCACGUCUGACUCCUCAUGCUCACGAUUCCCCCCAAUUGGCAUCCUCCCGGUGGUCCAAGCCACCCUCCUCCUCUUCCUCCUCCCACUUUAGUUCCCCGCCAGCCUCCUCUCAGCCUCGCCACCUGCCCACGACAACGUCCGAAUAACGGAUUUUAAAAGCGCCAGAAAAUCUCCAUCAUGUCGUCGGUGCUACAGAAACUCAUCAGCCCUCUGCCGGGUAGCUCGACAGAGCCCCCCAGGAACAAAGUGACUGUGGUCGGGGUGGGCCAGGUGGGCAUGGCUUGCGCCAUCAGCAUCCUCCUGCGGGAUCUGUGUGAUGAGCUGGCUCUGGUGGAUGUGAUGGAGGAUCGCCUGAAGGGAGAGGUGAUGGACCUGCAGCACGGCAGCCUUUUCCUCAAGACCUCCAAAAUUGUAGCGGACAAAGAUUACGCAGUGACUGCCAACUCUCGCUUGGUCGUGGUGACUGCCGGAGUCCGCCAGCAGGAGGGCGAGAGCCGCCUCAACUUGGUGCAGAGGAACGUAAACGUUUUCAAGUCCAUCAUCCCUCAGAUAAUGAAGCACAGCCCACAAUGCACACUCAUCGUUGUGUCCAACCCUGUGGACAUACUCACCUACGUGACCUGGAAGCUGAGCGGCCUGCCCAAACACCGCGUCAUCGGCAGUGGCACCAACUUGGACUCUGCCCGCUUUCGCUUCAUGAUGGCUGAACGCCUUGGCAUCCAUGCCAGCUCGUUCAAUGGCUGGGUGCUGGGUGAGCACGGAGACACCAGCGUGCCUGUGUGGAGUGGUGCGAAUGUCGCCGGGGUCAACUUGCAGAAGCUGAAUCCCGACAUCGGCAGCGAUGAUGAUAAAGAACAGUGGAAGGCCACACAUAAAGCCGUGGUGGACAGUGCCUAUGAAGUGAUCAAGCUGAAGGGUUACACCAACUGGGCCAUUGGCUUGAGCGUUGCCGACCUGACAGAGAGUAUCAUCAAGAACAUGAGCCGCGUCCACCCAGUUUCCACCAUGGUCAAGGGCAUGUAUGGGAUCGGCGAGGAGGUCUUCCUGUCUCUGCCCUGCGUUCUGAAUAGCAGUGGCGUGGGCAGCGUCGUCAACAUGACCCUGACGGACAGUGAAGUGGCUCAGAUAAAAAAGAGCGCUGACACUCUCUGGGGCAUCCAGAGCGACCUCAAGGAUGUUUGAACACUGACAGACCACCGUAAUCCAGAGAAGCCUGUCAUCGUGCACAAUGUCAUCUUAUUAGAUUCCUCUCGGUCAAACCUUACAAUUCUUUGAAAGCACAACGAUGGAUGGUGACAUGUAACCUGAAGUAUUGGCUAGUGCUUUUUGCUUUCAAAACACAAGCACAUUUUCUCCUAAAUGACUAAUAAAUUGAACCGUUGUAGGUGUGUAGUAGUCAAUAUCAGUGUACUUUUAAGCACAACCAAACUGGAUCCUGAGCCUGUUGCUCUUUCACACUGACAAAAACAGAACCCGAUGUCUGGAUCAAAGCCCAAGACUCCACAUGUGCAGUUUUCCUUGUCUAUGUACCAUGUAUUAUUAAUCUGAAAUUCUAGAGAACAUUUAAGUCUGUACAAAAGACACCAAAAGUGUGAUAGAACCCAAAGCACAUUGUCUUUCAAGCAAUCAAUUGUUACUUAAUAAAAUAAUUCAACCCAUGGACAA